AAUAACUAUCAUGAGUUUAGCUCUACAUAUUCAAGGACGAGAGAUCCGAGUUCAAAAUACCCUACUAGAAAAAAGAUCAAUAAUAAAAAUAAUAACUUUCUUUUCACAUUACCCUUUUUUCUUCUUCUUCUUCUUCUUCUUCCUGCCUCUAUCACAAAAGAGUCGUCGCCAGGAGCUUCACCGCCAUAUCUCUCUCCAUAGCGAGACCUUCCGGAAUCUCUCCUCCUUUUCUCUUAAGAAAGCUUUCCAGCAUUACCCUUUUGCGCUACUUUGUAGAGACGAAGCGCGUUCAUCCUCGGCUUUCUCGUAUCUCAAAAGGUUAUCAUCUACCCUUGUAGAUGGAGAUGCUUACUACAAAUUCUGCUGUGAUGCUACCUCUUCUACCCCCAGUGGGUCAGCAUUGGGGAAGAAUGAAGGCCAAAGACUUACCUCUUAGGCGGUAUAGUUCCCAGCAUCAAACUCCUAAUGGGAGGAGACAAUCAUUGUUUGCUAAAGCAGGACCGGUAUUUCUCAAACCAAUUCCAUCUACUGGGACGAAGGGAGGCAUUCUAUGUUCAAGUAGAAAGAACAGUACUUUCAUUUGUUUGGCUGCUUUGAAUGCUCGAUGUGCAGCGGAGCAGACCCAGACAGUUACAAGAGAGGCUCCUACAAUCACUGUUCUUCCCGGCAAGGAGAAGUCACCGCAAUUGGAUGAUGGCGAUUCUGGAUUUCCACCUCGAGAUGAUGGUGAUGGUGGCGGCGGCGGUGGCGGCGGCGGAGGCAACUGGUCUGGUGGGUUCUUCUUCUUUGGUUUCCUUGCUUUCUUAGGCUUUCUAAAAGAUAAAGAAAGUGAAGGGCCAUAUCAGGAUGAUCGGAGAAGAUAAAUAUACUUCGAUUAAACAUAUGUAGAUUCUAAAUUUAUACUUCAAUAUACAAUCUCAUGAUAAACGUUUGUUUCUAGCCAUGUUAAAUCGCCAUUAAAUUCCUUUCAUCCA